AGCAAUUAGUAAAAUGGAUUUUAGAAUUGCUCUCGGUAUUAUGUUUCAAAGUUUAAUUGCUAAUAUUGUUUGAUUAACCUAUAGAUUCAUGAUGGAAUCUUCUUUGGCGAUGCGGAGUACGUUUCUAGUGGCGUUGUUUUUCUUUGUUACAUCAACUUUAUGUUAUCAAGUUGAAACUAAGGAGAUCAAUGUAAUAGAAAAAGUUGGCAUAACAUCAGGCAUUUCUCCCCGUUUCAACGAGAUGGAGGAAUGGUGCAAAGAAGUCAAGAGGUACAAACGUAAUACUGCAGCUCCGGACGCAAAUCGCUUACAGAACGUAAAUCUCAAUUGCAAGAACACGGUCCAGAAUCUUACCACAAUAUUUCGUAGAACAACCGCCAAUGCUCCACAGCCAGCAGGUGACAAUGACGUCGCUACACUUACCACCGCAAGAAAGAUAGAAAGAGCCAUUACAAAUGCUUCGCAACAACUUGAAGAAGAGUGCGCGUGGAGGGAUAGCAUAAAUAUGCCAGUGGAAGCCACUAGAGCGCAAUUCCUAACUACGGAAGUCGACGACAUGGGAGCUGAAGGCUUAGUAAUUUAUCAAAUCAGAAUUCAGAGGUUGGACUUCGAAGAUCCAUAUGCUAGGCCUAAGCGACCGUGAACUGAAAACGCCCCUUUUUUAUAUUAUGCGA